CGGGGGGCGCGCGGGGCCCCGGGAUGCGGACGCCGGCGGCGCUGACGCUGGGCCUGGUGCUGUCGCCCUGCGGGCUGCUGCUCAGCCUGGUGAGCACGGUGGCCCCGGGCUGGCGGCGGCUGGCGGGCUUCCCGGACGAGCCGGUGGACGUGGUGCUGUUCCAGGGGCUGUGGGACCUGUGCCGCGAGGGCAGCGGCCGCGAGCGCCGCUGCGGGCAGCCCGACGCCUGGGGCUACCUGGAGGCGCGGCCGGUGCGGGCGGCGCGCGGGCUGAUGCCGGCCUCGCUGGCGGCCGCCGCGCUGGGGCUGCUGCUGGCCGCGCUGGGCGCGCGCUGCUGGCGGCCCGAGCCGCGCCUGGCGCCCGCCGGCCUCGGGGGCCUCGUGCUGGGCGCGGCGGGCGCGCUGGGCCUGGCGGCCGUCUCGUGGUACACGCACGUGCUCGGGGACCGCGCGGCGCUGCCCGCCCCCGCCAGCCCCGUCUCCGCGCGCGCCGGCUACGCCCUGGUGCUCGGCCACCUGGGCGGCUGCCUGCUGCUGCUGGGCGGCCUCGCCCUGGCGCUGAGCUGGGCGCCCUGGUGCGCCGCCCGCCGCCGCCGCAAGGCGCCCCCCGCCGGCCCGCGCCGCGCCAGCCUGCGCGCCGUGUGCGUGGAGUGGCCCGCGCCCCCGCCCGCGCCCGGCGCCGCGCCCCGCGUGGGCUUCCCCCUGCCGCGGCCUCCGCCCCGCGCCUACACCAACCCGGCCGACGCGCUCGACGGGGAGCGCCCGCCGCGCGCGCCCGCCUCCCGGGGCGCCUCCUCCCGCACCACGCGGCCCUGCGGCGGCGAAGCCCCGCUCCCCUGCGACUCGGACCUGUAG